CCCUUCACGAACGUGAAGUUCAGCAGUCUCGCCCCCUCGAAAAGCCGGAUGGUCGCGUGUUCCUUAGCUCCCGGAUGGUCCCCGAUUCUCGCGUAUGCGUGGUACCGGACGCCGUGCAUGUGAAAGAGUGCCAUCUUCUUGAGCUAAAGCUUGACGUGCUCCUGCAACCGACGAAAAGUACGAGCACGAUUCACGAGAGGGAUGAAGACAUGAUGUACAAAAUCGUGUGAAACAGCUGGGUGAAACUGCUCUCAUCAUGGAGGGGGGAUUCAAGACAGCUGGAGCUUGAAGAGCUAGAGCGUGCCAUGCCGAGCAGUCCGCGCGCGGGCGUGUGUGCGUGUGGAGCCCACUGCUGUGUGCGUGUCUUCGGAGGGCGCGCGCGCGCUAGUUGUACUCCUUUAAGAUCGUCUUCAUGUCUGUCUUAUGUGUUUGCACUUAUGUCAAGUGUGACACUC